AUGGAUGCUUCCGAGUGCCUGCCUGAGCAGGUGUGGUGCCUCCUCCUGCUGACCACGGCAGUCUCUGUGUCCUCUGCUGUGGGCGUGCUGGGCAAUGGGCUGGUGCUGUGGAUGACUGUUUUCCGAAUGUCCGGCACGGUCACCGCCAUCUGGUUCUUCAACCUGGCCCUUGCUGAUUUCACUGUCUUGCUGUCUCUGCCCCUCUCCAUACACUAUGCCGCCUUUGGCCAGUGGACCCUGGACAGUCUGGUCUGCAAACUCUACAUGGCCUUCCUGGCCCCUAACUUCUUUGCCAGCAUCUACCUCCUGGUCCUUAUCUCUGUGGACCAUUGCGUCUCUGCUCUGCACCCCCUCUGGGCCCGAAACCACCGCACCGUGCGACGAGCAAGGUGGCUGUCCCUCGGCGUGUGGCUCCUGGCUGCUACCGCAUGCGCUCCGUACCUGAAAUUCCAGGCCACUGGAGAAGUGAACGGAUGUGGCCACUGCUUUCAGUUCAACUUGGAAUUGACAUUGGACUGGAAUCCAAUGGCUUGGAAGAGACGCUUGGCAGUGGCCAUGACUCACUUCCUGGUGGGCUUCUUGGUGUCCUUGGUGAUCACUGGCACCUGUGCCCACCUCAUCUGGGCAGGGCUCAGGUGGGAAGGCUGGGUCCAUGCCAGCAGGCCAAGGAGGCUGCUGCUGGUGCUGAUGACGCUCAUCACGUGGGCUACCUUCUCCCUGGGCUGCCUCAACAACUGCCUCAACCCCUUUAUCUAUGCCUUUAUUGGCAGAGAGUUCCAAGAAAAGUGUUUCCGGUCUUUGCCUUCUGCCCUGGCCAGAGCGUUUGGCGAUGAGGGAUUCAUCAAUCCUUCUGUCCCAGAGGUGAAGCCCCCAGAGGAUGAAGGAAACCUCCGGGUAGAGGCCGGAAGCCUCCCUCCUUAG